CCUUAGAUUCUAUACAGAGUAUGUAUGUUGACAAAGACUGACAAAGUCCAUACACCAGCAAAGACAUUAGGACACUUGGGCUCUUGAAACGCUAGACAUUUCCCAGCUGACAUCUUCAGACAGUAUAUAAGCACACUUUGGAUCCCCUAAACCAGUUGAAAUAGUGUUGUACGGCUUCAGCAUGGGAGUUUUUGGAAUCAUGAAAAUCCUUGCACUUCUACUAUCUUACUUCUUAGCAUCUUUGGCAGAAAAGCAAGAUCUCUCUGGAAAAAUGUUCACCUUUCCCGAGGAGUCUGAUACAGCUCAUGUGAUCUUGAUUCCCAACCUGAGCAAGAGUCUGACUGCAGUGACCGUGUGUCUGCGUUUCUUCUCAGACCUGACAAGAGCUCAGAGUCUCUUUUCCUUCGCCACCCCUGCCAGUUCAAAUGGCUUCCUGCUCUACAAGCAGGCAAAUGGUGUAUACGAGAUUGACAAGAAUGACAAAUUUCAGCUAUUCAGAGCACUAGGGGACUAUCCAAAUCAAUGGAAUUCUGUCUGUGCUACUUGGAACUCUCAAACGGGCAUCGCCCAAAUUUGGGUCAAUGGGAAACAAAGCACAAGAAAGGGUAUCGGUCAAGGCGGUGACAUCUCUGGAGCACCCAGUAUUAUCUUGGGUCAAGAGCAGGACAGCUAUGGGGGGAAGUUUGACAAAACACAGUCUUUUGUGGGAAUGCUGACCGAUAUAAACAUGUGGGAUUCAGUUCUUCCUCAUCCUGAGAUUGCUUCGUACAUGAACCGUGUUCCAAAGAAAACAGAUGGCAAUGUGAUCAACUGGAAGUCCAUUGACUUCACCAUUAAGGGUUAUGUGAUUGUAGAGAACCAGAUGAAUGCCUGAAGGGUUGCAAACUAAAUGAUUUUUAAAAUGAUUUAGGCAUAACUCUGUUAAAAAUGUAAUAUAUUUUAAUGAGGUCAAUUUUGUUGCCCUGGACUUGCUGGGCUUGCUGCACCAUUGUGUAUUUGCUCACAUUUACUCGCAGGGUUUUGUGGUUCAGCAUCUACUGUAGUAAAAUUGUAUCAAA